UGGAGGUGCGGGAGCCGCUCUUCGCCGGUCGGUCCCGGCGCCGAGACCCUGAGACCCCGCCGGGCUGCUCCAAGCCGCCGUGCUCCGGGGCUUCAACUCGGGCUGCCGGGGCAAGUGUCUUCAUGAACCCAGAGGAUGUCCGGGAAGCACUACAAGGGUCCUGAAGUCAGUUGUUGCAUCAAAUACUUCAUAUUUGGCUUCAAUGUCAUAUUUUGGUUUUUGGGAAUAACAUUUCUUGGAAUUGGACUGUGGGCAUGGAAUGAAAAAGGAGUCCUCUCCAACAUCUCUUCCAUCACUGACCUCGGCGGCUUUGACCCAGUCUGGCUCUUCUUGGUGGUGGGAGGAGUGAUGUUCAUUCUGGGGUUUGCAGGGUGCAUUGGAGCACUGCGGGAAAACACUUUCCUUCUCAAGUUUUUUUCAGUGUUCCUGGGGAUUAUUUUCUUCCUGGAGCUUACUGCUGGGGUGUUGGCAUUUGUCUUCAAAGACUGGAUCAAAGACCAGCUGUACUUCUUCAUUAACAACAACAUCAGAGCCUACCGGGAUGACAUUGAUCUGCAAAACCUCAUAGACUUCACCCAAGAAUACUGGCAGUGCUGUGGGGCUUUUGGAGCUGAUGAUUGGAACCUAAAUAUUUACUUCAAUUGCACAGAUUCCAAUGCAAGCCGAGAGCGAUGCGGCGUGCCAUUCUCCUGCUGUACUAAAGACCCUGCAGAAGAUGUCAUCAACACACAGUGUGGCUAUGAUGCCAGGCAGAAACCAGAAGUUGACCAGCAGAUUGUAAUCUACACGAAAGGCUGUGUGCCCCAGUUUGAGAAGUGGCUGCAGGACAAUUUAACCAUCGUGGCUGGUAUUUUCAUAGGCAUUGCCUUGCUGCAGAUAUUUGGGAUAUGCCUGGCCCAGAAUUUGGUGAGUGAUAUUGAAGCUGUCAGGGCUAGCUGGUAGAGCCACUGCUACGACUACUGCACGACACUGGACUGACCCUCGUCCUGACCCUCCCUGUGCCGGGCUGGUAUCAGGCUGCAAAGACCUAGUAGGGAAGCAUCCUGCAGUCCUACCUAAUGGGGCUGCCAAGAACCUGGUAUUUUUUGUGUGUGGGGGGGUUGAAACUUGGAAAUGCUGCUCACUGACAGAAUUUUCAAAAAGGAAAAAGAAAAUUAUGCAAGUCGCUAUGCCAUGAAUUUCUACUGUAGCCAUAAAUUGAUGGGUGGAUGGAUGCUUACGAGAAAGGGAAAAGGUUUCGGACACCACAUGCACUUGAAUUUGUGGAGAGCACACCCCCCUGGCCCCACCCUGCACAGUAAGUGGAGGGCCAGGAGAGGCAGUGAGGCUCCUCUCGAGAGGGGCACAUGUGUUCCAUGGCCUAAGGCACAUACAUGCAACCCUUCACCCUGGAGGAGGUUCGACAGCUCUCCAUAUAUGUUUGAAGAACCUGUUGCAACUGUCUUCUGAAAACAGCUCACCGUUGGGUUCAUCUUUUGAGAUCACCUGUCCCUGAGCAUCUCUUUCUGAGAGAAGUGUGCAUCCCAUGUGAACCCAGCAGUGGCAGUGGAGACCUCGUGAUGCCAUAUGUUAGCAGGACUGAUCUUUUCUCUAAGUAGGCCUGAACUCUAUCGAUGAGAUCCAAGGAGAAAAUGAGGUCAAUGAGAGGCAUUAAUUAAAUACUGUGUCACCCCACCAAAUUAGUGGUUGGAUUUCUUUGGAAACUCUGAAAUAUUCUGAGUUCUUGCUUGUUCUUUGGUUAUGAGUUGGGUUUUAUCUUUUGGUUCUUUUUUUUUUUUUCUCUCCCAAAGGUAAAUACUAUGAUCCCUCCUAAAUUUUCAAGUGUUUUCUUACUCAGCUUGAAUAUUAAUUUUUUUGUAUAAAUUUAACCUGCAUGACUUGUAACCCUGACCACAUUCCUUUCCUACAAACAUAUGAAAAUGCUGAUCAGUGUUGAUGUCACAGGUUUCUGGCCUUGGGAAUCUGUGACAUGUUGUCACAGCCCGGCUGGGAAGAGACCUGCUGUUUCCUCAUAAAUGCUCCCAGGGACCCAAGCGUCUUUUCUAGGGUCAGGCUUGGCUGCUGCACCUUCCUCAUCCUCACUGAAUGGAAUUCAACUCAGUUCUAAAAGCAGUGUUGACAAAAGUCAAAAUUCAUCUAAUGUUUGGAUUCCCCCCACCCCGCCCUUCUUGUGAUUUUAGUUUUAUUUAGAAAGCAUAGUGCAGGGCCAGAACGCUCUCUGUUGGUAUUGCAGCCCACUGUCAGAAUGGUGACAAAGCAGGAGUUCUCUGGGAGAGGAGUGCGCUGGGGCUGGUGAGGGUUCUAGGACAUGAGGUGGGAAGCCACUUCCAGGCUCUUCUGCCAUGCUCCACUGCCCACUGGAAAGGGUGCAUUUUGCCCCCAGAUAUUCAUGCAGCUUGGUGUCGCCCUGGCUGUUGCUCUCUUGAGGAGAAUUUAGCCUAUGUGACAGCAGUGACACAUUUGCCAGCACAUAGGCAGCCAGGUACUUGGUGGAAAUUUAGCAUGAUUUUCUAUCGCUGUCCCAUUUUCACUGCCUGGCUGAUGGGUGGUUCAGUCUGCUCAGAGAAAGGACUGAAAUUCCUUUGACGUCUUGUCUCCACAGUUUGUGUGCGUGCGUGUGCGUGUGUGUGUGUGUGUGUGUGGUGUAUCUGCAUGUGUGUAUCUGUGCUUGUGUAGGUAGAGAUGUUCAUUCCAUACUCGGGGGGUAAGAUGACAUGACUUCCCCUGUCCGUGCCACAGCUCUCGUUUGUGCUGUCCUUUCACAUGGACACUCGUGUUCUCCAAUUGGCACUUUUGUCUUCCUUAUUACCUCAUUCUCCAGUGAACUGCACCCGGCCAGUUGAUUCCAAAUCAGGCAAGAUCCUCCUCACCCUUUGGCAUAUCCAGUGAAAGGCUAAACAGCAAGCCCAAGUGAGUUUUAAAUUUGAAUUAAUCAUCCUUUAUUUUUUACACUUGCGAGUGAUUGUAAUAAAAGCUGUCAUUAAUAAACUCAGUUCUACCUUA